AUGAAUAAAAUCUUUAACAUAAUUAAAAAAACUAUUAAAAUCAAUCGUCAAUAUCAAGAGGAUAAUGUAAAUGCCACUUUUCAAUAUGAGCAUGAAAAUAGUCAUCCGGCUAGCCAUCAUUAUUCAAUAUGGAUUGAUCCAACACCUUAUCAUGGGCCACUAAUUGUUACUGAGCAGUCCUUUCAUGAUAACGAAUCAAAUUCGCAAGAUGUCAUAAAUAAUAGAAUUUCGAGCUGUAAUGAACCAUUCACUAUUGAACAAUCUUCUCUUUUACCAUCUUUAGAUCAUCUGAAUAAUUCAAAUAGAGAUAUUUCAAGUUAUCAAUCAAACCAAUUUAUAGAUACAGCUUAUAACGAUAAUGAUAAUGGGUCACUAAGUCAUUAUUCAAAUUCGCAGGAGACUUUAUAUGAGGCUUCGAGUUAUCAGUUAGCUCAAUUUGUGGAUCCUAUAAUUUGCAAUGAACAAUCACUUAAUGCAUCUGUCGUUGAACAAUCCUCUUGUCCGAUGUCUCUAAAUAUUCAGUCAGAUCCUCUAAUCAAUACAUGUGAUGAGUCUUCAAACAUUCAACAAGAUCAAUUUAUCAAUCUUAAUACAGAUUUGGAUUCUCAACGGCCAUUUACAUUAUUAUUAGAUUCGUCAGAAGUCGAUGAUAGCGAUGACGAAACUUCUGAAACUAUUAACAACAGUGAAAGCAAUAAUGUUGAUGGUGAUUACGAAUACGCUAUACGAUUAUGGCAAAUCUAUAACGAAGAAUUAAAUAUAGAUAAUGCGCAAGUGAGAAAUAAUCUUGAAUCUAAUCAUGAAGGACAUAAUCAAGAAGAUUUGUAUGAAUGUAAUAUGCAAGUACAUGAUAAUUGGGAAGAAUCGAACAUAGUUAUCAAUAAUUCAUCAAGUAUAAAUGAUAAUAAUGAUUCUUGUGAUGUAAUGCCGAUACAAAAUUGGAAUUCAUCAAGAGGAUGGGAUGAAGAUUUAAUUGAACAACCAAACGAUUGGAAUGAAGAAAUAAAUGAUUCAUCAAGUAAUUGUAAUGAUACACAAACAAUCCGAAAUGAUAAUGGCCUAAGUUGGGGAGUAAAUGAAUCACCAAGCAGUUCAGAUGGUGAUAUAAAUGAUUCAUCAAGUAAUUGUAAUGAUACACAAACAAUCCGAAAUGAUAAUGGCCUAAGUUGGGGA